ACAGAUUCUGAACGGUGACGCACACGUGUGAAAACGUUUUACAGGUACGUUCCUGAAACGUCGCUGAGUUCACCGCCUUGGCCAGAAAUGGUUCUGCCAGACCCAGCUGAGGAGACCAGACAGCACGCAGAGGUUGUGGGAAAGGUGAACGAGAUGAUCGCCACCGGCCAGUACGGCAGGCUCUUCGCCGUGGUGCACUUUGCCAGCCACCAGUGGAAGGUGACCUCCGAGGACCUGAUUUUAAUUGACAGUGAAUUAGACGUCGCGUGUGGGGAGAGGAUCCGGCUGGAGAAGGUGCUGUUGGUGGGAGCCGACAACUUCACGUUACUUGGCAAGCCGCUCCUCGGAAAGGAUCUCGUUCGGGUAGAAGCCACAGUCAUUGAAAAGACAGAAUCAUGGCCAAAAAUCAAUAUGAAAUUUCAGAAAAGGAAAAACUACAGGAAGAAGAAAGUUAUCGUGAACCCACAGACUGUCCUCCGGGUGAACACCAUUGAGAUCGCUCCGUGUUUGUGUUGAUCGCGAAGCUACUAUUUACAGAGUAUAAAAAUAAACUCCCGUUUUCCGGAGA